UUACACGGAUGGUUGUGGCGUUUGACAUGGCGUUUAAUUCUUCUUUUUUUUUCUUUUUUUUCUUUCUCCUUUUCUCGAGGCGAGCGAUACCUAUUUCCCCUACUACAAUCUUGAGUUUCAGGUUUUUUUCCCAACAAGCCACAUUUUCUUUCCUUUUCUCUAAUUUCCUUUUUCGGAACAUACAUUGUUCGCGGCACUUUGGGAGAGGCUCCUGUGUGUCUCGGGGAGGGUUGGGUUUGUGUUUUUAUUUCUAUUUUUUAAUCCAAGGCACAAGGCAAAAAUUGAGACUUGGAGGGAAAACAAUGAGAGACAGACAGGUCAUUCUCAAGAGUCAUGAGAGUCAUUUCCUUAUUUUUAGGGAGGCGGUGGUGGCUGAGAGAAGGAAAAUCUUUCUUUUGAUGAGGUCAGAAGACUGUGAGCAGGAGACAGGAUUAUACGUGAGAAAGGAUAGCCUUUGAGUAAACCAUGGUCACCGAGAUGAGACACGCAGGGGGGGGGGGAGAGAGAGAGAGGGAGAGAGAGAGAGAGAGAGAGAUAAGACAGGGCGCAAAA